AACGAACGUGUUCAACUUCCUCUGCGAAGUCCAGUUGGUGGCUGUGCUGGACGGAGGGAGCUGGCAGAUUGCAAGCCAUCGGGAGCUUGGCUUCUGCAGAGAUGGUGCUGUUGGUCCUCCUGGUGGUCGUCUGUGCUGUUGGAUGCUGUAGCGCAUCUUCCCUGCAGCCCAUCGGUCCCCUCCCGAACAGUGUCGGCUUCUUGACUGUGGGCGACUGGGGCGAUGUGGAGGCGAAAAAAGUGGCAGGUGAGUGAGGUGCUGAUGAGCCGGCGAACGGCUGACUACAUGAGUGAUUGUUCCUUCUAUGCAUGUGCUGGCUGCAGAUAGCAUGGGCGACUGGGCGCAGCGGAUGGACGCCAAAGCGGUGCUCAGCCUGGGAGAUCUCUUCUACGAGGACGGGUGGGUCGGCGAAGAAGGAAGGGCCCGGCCCUUUCAUCCCACCAUCACCAUCUCCCCCUGUCUGUGUCCGUGUGUCACCUCUUUCCGUCCAUGUGUUUGCUGCAGUGUGAGCGGGGUGGAUGACCCGCAAUUCACCGACAAAUUCGAGCAGACCUUCACCGCGCCGUCCCUGCAGGUGCCCUGGAUCACCUGCACCGGCAAUCAUGACUGGUAUGGCGGGGUCGAGAGCAUCGACGCCGAGCUGCAGUACACCCACAGGAGCCCGCGGUGGCACUUUCCUGCGCUCAACUUCACUUACACGCUGCACGGACCGGUUCGGGCACACACACACACACAUGCACACACACACGGUGGCUUGUAAGCUUGUGGACGCCUUGUGUUGUGUUGUGUUGUGUUGUGUCGGUCAGGGUGGUCUGCGUGUGUUGGUAGCGAGUGUGGACACCUGGCUGCUGUGCGGGGGGGACUCGUUCACCUACUUUGAGAGGGAGGGGCCGCCCGACGACGCGCAUCCGGGGCGGCUCAAAGUCUACCUCAAAAACAAACGGUCAGCGAGCGACGAAUGGCAGACGACGGGUGACACCACACACACACACACCUCUUUGCCUGCCUGCCUGCCUGCCUGUCUGUCUGGCUGUCUGUCUACCUUUGCAGGCGGCUUGAGGAUGAGUAUGACGCAGGGACGAUCGACGAGGGCAAGUAUCGGGCCCUCAGUAGACUGGACGAGAAACCACCACCACCGACCCCACUAGCUGGACCUGUCGGCAAUAUCGGCAACGCGACGAGUGUGGCGGCGGCAGGGGAGGGGCGAGACGAUGGCGGUCUUGACGGGCGGAUGCUGCAGUGGCUUAGAGAUGAGCUGAGGAAAUCCGAUGCUGACUGGAAGGUGGGUGAUCUGGAUGGAAAGAACAACGCACACACGCACAGCACAGGGAGGAUGCGAGUGAGGGGAGGUGAGAGCAUACUGCUGGGUCUCUCUGUGUGUGGCAGAUUGUGAUAGGCCACUUCACCAUCUACAGCUCCUCCCUGUUUGAGCAUGGCGACAACCCCACACUCAUCGAGAGGCUCGUUCCGGUCCUGAAAGAGGGUAAGUGAGGCUGAGGGAGGGAGGGAGGGAGGGAGGGAGGGGCGGACACACAGAGGGGCAGCCAGGCCAGCCACAGAACGGCCGUGUGCGCCAUGCCAUGUGUCUGUCUGCAGGCGGCGUAGACGUGUAUUUCAACGGCCACGACCACAUAUUGCAGCACAUCGUUAGGGACGGCAUUCACUACAUCGGCAGCGGGGCCGGCGCCCGGGUGCACCACAUGGCCAACCGCUUCUACGAGGGGCUCAAGUACGCCCACCUAUCGCACUUCGGCUACACCGCACACUCAGGUCAGCUCCAGAGCACCACGUAAAUCAGUCAGAUGGUCCGUCCAGUCAAGGCGGCCGGCCGAUUGAGACGGAACGGAACGGAACGGUUUUUGAUUCCGUUCCGUUGUGUGUGUGUUCCGUGCCGUGCAGUGAACAAGACGCAUUUCCAGGGGUCGUUUCACCUGGAGGACGGGAGAGAGGUCUACUCGUUCCUCUUUUCCAAGCCUGCAGCUGGCAGCCGGCAGGCUGAGGCAGCGGAGGUCGUAGAGUGAGUGAGAGGUCAGACAGGCGACCUUAUUGCUGGUAGGUAGCUACCUGGUAGCUGACCAUAUUGUUGUGAUGCGACGCGUGAG